UUAUUCUUAUUGCUUGUUGCCUGGCAUUGUGCAAGGGGCCUUACCAAUUCGCUCUUAUUGACUCCUCAUCGCGUGCCAUAUUUGCGUACUGCUGUGGGAAGAAGAAAACCGUGUCAAAGAUCGGAGAUAAACACACAAAGUUCUUGGCAUCAUCGUACAAAAUACGGCAGACCACGACCGACGACCAUGAACAUCAACUUUGAGGGAAAGCGUAUUCUCGUGACAGGCGCUGGUCAAGGUAUCGGCAGGGAUCUGGCCCUGCGCCUCUCGAAGUACAAAGGACAGGUGUUUGCGCUCUCGAAAACGAAGAAGAACUUGGACAGCUUGGCUGCGACCGACCCUAAGAUUCGGACGAUCUGCGUCGAUCUUUGCGAGUGGGACGCGACCAGGAAGGCCGUACAGAGUGUCUUGCCGAUCGAUCUCCUGGUCAACAACGCCGGUGUCGCCGUACUGGCACCGUUUUUAGAUGUCACGCCCGACCAGUUCGACCUGAUUAUUAGUGUCAAUGUGAAGGCUGUGCUGAACGUAUCCCAGGUUGUGGCCGGGAGCAUGAUCGAGCGAAAAAGUGGCGGCAGCAUCGUGAACAUCUCGUCGCAGGCCAGUCAGGCAGCAUUGAAGGAUCACUCCGUUUAUUGCGCAUCCAAAAGCGCUCUUGAUAUGCUGUCGAAGGCAAUGGCUCUUGAAUUAGGUCCACACAAUAUAAGGGUCAAUACAGUUAAUCCUACUGUCAUCAUGACGGAAAUGGGGAAAUUGGGUUGGAGCGAUUCUGAGAAGGCGCAAAGUAUGCUCAGCAAAAUUCCGCUUGGUCGAUUCGGCGAAGUUGACGAGGUGGUGGAUGCUGUCGUAUACUUAUUGAGCAAUCGAAGUUCCAUGAUCAACGGGGUUAGUUUGCCUAUCGACGGUGGUUUCUUAGCCACAUAAGCAGACGUCGUAACGAUGAUUCAUCACCUUGAAGAAAGAACGUUCGAUGGGUAGGCAGACGUCUGUUCUCAAAUUUAUAACCCGAGGAGACCCCGAUGAAGUUAUACGUCCGUGGAUUCUGGAUAUGACUGUUCACAUGCUACACUUAUAAAAAAAUAAAGAAAGGAAAUAAGCA